GCAAACCUCUACUUUCCAGCGGGUGCUGCGGUUGUUCAGCCAUGUCGCGAAAUUUCAUUCGCUCACACUUCCUCAAUUGGAGAAUCAUCUCUCGAAUUUUCUCACCAAGCGGACAACUGGCUCCAUAACUCUGAAAAUGGAGCUCGAGAACGCCUGAACCAUCAAAAUGGAAUGCUGGAAUCUCCCUUCCUCAGCUCAAAUUCCAAUUGCCCAUUCACAGCAAAUCCAGUAUCCACAAAGCGGGCACGAACAGCCUACACCCAGGUCCAAUUACUGCAGCUGGAAAGGGAAUUUUGGUAUAACAAAUAUCUCUGUCGGCCUCGACGGAUUGAAUUAGCCAAUUCAUUGAAUUUGACAGAAAAGCAGAUUAAGGUGUGUACACUUAAAUUCGAAUACCUGAAUUUGCAAUCACGGGGACCAGAUCUUAGAGACACACGUAAUUACGCAUUUCAGUCGAGCUUCGAGCAAAUCUUCCAGACACAAACAAUGUAA